GACUUGGCGACGAGAAUCGGAAAGAACUGCGGAAAAAAGAGAUAUAACAACGAUCGAUAAGUCAUUAGUCGCCAUCUUCUUGCGUUGGUUUAUGUUGGUCGGUGCAAGCUUAUAUUGAGAGAUUGUAUCUUAUUCUGUUCGACAAUGGACGAUGCGACGCCGAAUGCGUCGUCCACGCAAUCUACGACGGAUACUAAAUACGAGGAAAGGAUGAAACGAUUCAGAGAACUUCAUAUGAAAAGGAAUCAGGCCAGAAUGCAGAAUCACAAGGAAGUUGUGGAGGAGGACAAGAGGAAUAAACUGCCUGCCAACUGGGAAUCUCGCAAAAGACAGGCCGAAUGGAUAAUACAAGACGAAGCAGCUAGAAAAGAGGCAGAAACCAAGGGUGAAGACUACGAACGAAAGAAAUUGCUGAAUAUUGAUGCCACAGAAGCAGAGAGAAUUGCCAGAAAGAAAAAAAGCAAACAAAAUCCUGAUCCAGGUUUUUCGGAUUACGAACAAGCAGCAAUACGUUCUUAUAAUAGACAAGUAAAAAACAUUAAACCAAAUAUGGAGGCAUAUGAAGAGGCAAAGGAGAAGCUGGGACCUGCCUUUUAUGGUGACCCAAACACGAUAUUACACGGUUUACAUGAGGAUAAAAAGGAAGCUAUAGAUAAAAUGGUUACCAAUUUGGAGAAACAGAUCGCAAAACGAGAGAAAUAUAGUAGACGUAGAAUGCACAACGAUGAUGCAGAUAUAGAUUAUAUCAAUGAGCGUAACGCCAAAUUUAAUCAGAAAUUGGAGAGGUUCUAUGGCGAAUAUACUCGAGAAACGAAAUUAAACUUGGAGAGGGGCACAGCUAUAUAAAGGAAGAAUAUCGCUAUAAUUAUCACAAAUACUUGUAUUUUACUAUUAAACUAUAUAUAUAAUUUUUACACAAAUAAAAAUCGGGAGAAAGUAAUUUUACGGUAUUUAAUUGAAUAUAGAUCUUUCGUUUAUUGAAGAUGAACAUCUAUUGUUCUGCAAUAUGUAAAGGUCGAAAAAAAUGGAUGUGAAAAUUUCUUGGAGGAAAAAGAAAUACAAUUUAUUGAUUAGUCAUUUAGCGCAAAAAACGCUUGAAAACGGACAACUAUUCAACGAUUUUAAUAACGCGCGAUAUGUACUAAUCAUGUAAAUAAAAAAUUGAGUUAAAUUAUUAUA